GCUGCUAGGAGACUGGAGCGGGAGCUGACUCUCUGCCUGAUUUCCCAGCUCGCUGAGGUUUCUUCCACCGACCACAAUGAACAAGUUCCUGUGCUGCACGCUUGUGCUCUUGGACAUUUCUGUUAAGUGGACCAUCCAGGAUGACUCGCCCCCCAGGUAUCCCCAUUACGACCCAGGGACAUCUCGUCAGCUGCUGUGUGACCAGUGCCCUCCUGGGAGCUACGUAAAGCAGCACUGCACAGCCACCAGCCCGACGCAGUGUGCCCCGUGCCCGGAUCAGUACUACGCCGACGAGUGGAACAGCAACGACGAGUGCCAGUACUGCAGCGCCGUUUGCAAAGAGCUGCAGUACGUCAAGCAGGAGUGCACCAGCACGAAGAACCGCGUCUGCGAGUGCGUCGAAGGCAGAUACCUGGAGCUUGAGUUUUGUUUAAAGCACACGGAGUGUCCUCCUGGAUUUGGCGUUGCACAGCCAGGUACCCCUGAGAGUGACACUGUAUGUAAGAGAUGUCCAGAAGGAUUUUUCUCAAAUGAAACAUCAUCCAAAGCAGCCUGUCUAAAGCACACAAACUGUAGUGCGCUGGGUUUCAAAAUAGCAUUGAAGGGAAAUGCAGUUCGUGACAACGUCUGUCAGGAAAAUACAGAUACGGCGCCUCAAAAAUGUGGAAUAGAUGUCACCCUGUGCGAGGAGGCUUUCUUCAAGUUUGCCGUUCCUACUUUCCUCACACCUAACUGGCUGAACAUGAUAGCAGAGAGUUUGCCUGGGACGAGGGUUAGCACAGAAAAUAUCGAAAGGAUCAAACAAAGGCACGGUACUCAAGAGCAGACCUUCCAGCUUAUGAAAUUAUGGAAGCAGCAAAACAAAGAACAGGAUAUGGUCAAGAAGAUUAUUCAAGAUAUCGACUUUUGCGAAAAUAAUGUCUUAAAGCACGUCGGCCACCUGAACCUCACCUUUGAACAUCUCAACACACUGAUGGCAAGCUUACCAGGCAAGAAAGUGGGAAAAGAAGAUAUCGAGAGCACAAUGAAACUAUGUCAACCUACAGAGCAAGUUCUGAAGCUUCUCAAUCUGUGGAGAAUAAAGAAUGGUGACCAAGACACCAUUAAAGGUUUAAUGUAUGGACUGAAGCACUUGAAAACAUACCACUUUCCGAAACGAACCAUCCACAGUCUGAAGAAGGUGAUUAAGUUUCUUCACAGAUUUACAAUGUAUAGAUUACACCAGAAACUUCUUUUAGAAAUGAUAGGGAACCAACUUAAAUUAGUGAAAGUACGAUGUGUCUAAUUCAAGAUAUUUUUCAUUCUCCACUGACUAUUUUUCCCUAAUUACUGCCAGCAGUAAUUAAACUGGAACGUUGUUUCCCUACGUUAUGUCUUACUAUUUAUAGAAAUGCCUGACUGGAAUAGCUCUAAGUCUUUUGCAGUGUUUUUGGAGUUGUUUUUUUUUUUUUUUUUUUUUUUUUUUUUUUUUUUUUUUUUUUAAUAAAAUCACUUUUGUAAAAGCUAUUAACCUGUUGGUAACACUAAGAGCCUGAUUCUGCAUUUUUGCACAUUCGGAGUUGAAAAGCCCCACUAUAGUCACUAAAUGAGAAAAGAAUGCCGGACCAGGCUCUACUACAGUAUUUGCUAUUUAUAUUCUUUGAGGAAUAAACAUUUUUGUUGUACAUAUUUAUUAAGUUAAAUGGAAAUUGUAUGAGACUGAAUUUUAGGAAGAGAAAUGAAAAGCACACUGUAUAUUUUCUAGUUAAACAAAAAUGAUCCCAUAUAUUUUUCUGGUAAAAUUUUGUAGCAUGCUCCAAGAGUUAUUAAUUUCUUUACAUUUUGUAUUUAAAAAAGUAUUAUUGCUUAGUUUUAUUUGUAUAAGUUGUGGUAUCUUUUGGUAGGGAUGUUUUAAUUUAUCCAAUGAUUUUAACUCAAAUACGGUGAAAAUAUAGCGUAAGUGACCUGAAUAUUUAAAUAUUCUGUGAGGAAGUGAAUGUACCAUAUUUAAGAAGCUGGAUUUUUAUAUAGAAUUUCAUAAUCUUAUUUUAUAAAACAAUUAAAUUUUUCAGUUUACU